AUGAUGUCUGUGCUGAGUUGGGCUGCAGUGAUUCUGCUUAUUGACCUGGUUUGCUCCGAAACGCUUCUUCCUGUUUCAACUGAAGCAUACUCGCUUCAGAUUCAUUACCAAACACUCACACACUUUUGUUUUCAUGCAUAUGGUAUAUUUUUAGGCCAGAUUCUGUGGAGGAUGAAGGAUCAUGUGCAUAAAAUCCAAACGGCCAGAAUAAAAGAGCGUUUAACACACACUUCCACUGUCAUUCCCAAAAAAGGAACCAUUCACCAACCCCUGAACCACUUUGAUAGGAAAAAUGACAAAACUUUCCCACAGAAAUUCUUUGUGAACGACAUUUAUUGGCAGCAUUCAGAUGGACCUGUCUUUCUCUACAUAGGAGGGGAGGGCCCACUAUCUAAAUUCAGUGUAUUGUUCGGCCACCACGUGGACAUGGCAGAGAGAUAUGGAGCACUGCUGGUGGCCCUGGAGCACCGCUUCUAUGGGCAGAGCAUCAACUCUGAUGGUCUAGAGACUGAGAACCUGAGGGAUCUGUGCAGCCAGCAAGCUUUGGCCGACCUGGCUGCGUUCCAUAAUUAUAUAAGCCAGCGUUUCAGUCUCUCCCAUAAGAACACAUGGAUCAGCUUUGGUGGUUCCUAUGCUGGAGCUCUCUCAGCUUGGUUAAGAGGAAAGUUUCCUCAUCUUAUCUAUGGAGCAGUGGCAUCCUCUGCCCCUGUUCAAGCUCAAUUGGAUUUUAGCUCUUAUAAUAGGGUGGUUGGAUAUAGUCUUAUGAAUGAGGCAGUGGGCGGCUCUAAAAAGUGUGUAGCAGAAGUGAAAGGGGUGUUUGAAGCAGUAGAGGCAGCUCUGCUAACGGGGAACGAGGUAGAGGUGGGAAAGGACUUUGGCUGUUGUGAGACUCCUUUCAAACCAGAGGACAAGACUGAACUGUUGCAGAGUUUGGCUGACAUCUUCAUGGGAACCGUGCAAUACAAUGAGGAGGGGGUGGCAUUUAGCAUCAGAGAACUUUGUGACAUCAUGACCAAUAAAAGUGAACAGAAGGAGGAGGCCUACGACCGUCUGGUCAAACUAACGGUGAUGUACCGUGCCAGAGAGAAGGUCUCGUGUCUGGAUGUUUCUCAUGAAAAGCUGGUGCUUGAACUCAGAAACACUACAGCUACAUCCAGCUACAGACAGUGGCUCUACCAGACCUGCACUGAGUUUGGCUUCUACCAGACAUGUGAGGACACUAGUUGCCCCUUCUCACGUAUGUCAUCCAUCCAGUCUCAGACUGAGCUCUGCUCUCAAAUCUUUGACAUCCCUCAGGACCGUCUGCCUCUCCAUAUUGACUUUACUAACCAGUACUAUGGAGGGAAACGGCCCCAAACGCAAAGAGUGCUCUAUAUCAAUGGAAACAUUGACCCAUGGACUGAGCUAAGCGUGGUCUGGAAUGACACUAUGGUGGACAAUGACAGAGUCAUUCUUAUUGAUGGCACCGCCCACUGUAUGGACAUGAACUCAGAUAAAUCAAUGGAUAAACCUGCAUUGCACCAUGCCAGGAAGGAGAUUGGAAGACGUGUGGCCACGUGGCUCAAAAUUGCAGCAUUGGCACCAUAAGAUUUGAUCAGCAUGAUUUUUGCUGAAGCCAGCUGAGUUUCAUUUUAUCCCUAAUUUGCAAAAACAGAUAUUUGAGUGCAUAAAUAUCUUAAUCUCUUCUACAUUAGAUUUAUGAACCUUCUUUAGUCGAGAGACUAACCGGAUUCACGUUGGCUUGGGUCAGAGGCACAUUUUGUCUUGAGAUUUGGUCAACAGUGCGGUUUUGCAAGUACUUUAAAAUCGUAUUUUACUCCACACAAAAUAAAAUAUAUGUGUAAGCAGCCUACAUAAUAGUUCAAGACACCUACAGUCUCGUUAAAUCAGCAAUCGGUAUUUGGCAUUUUCUGCAAAAUAAGUUUUAUCCUAACCAAAGACCUUUAAAAAUA